AUGGUAACAAUACGCUUACUCUUAAAUCUUGCAAUCAACCAUAAUUGGCCCAUGCUACAGCUAGACGUCUCCAAUGCGUUUCUACACGGCGACCUCCAAGACGAUAUAUACAUGAGUCAACCUCCAGGCUUCGAGGAUCCUCUCCGCCCGGAUGCCGUUUGUAAGCUACACAAGUCUCUCUACGGUCUCAAACAGGCGCCCCGUCAAUGGUUUCAGAAACUCACAAUGGUACUUCAAUCAAACGGGUUCAGGUGUAGUCGUUCCGAUCCAUCUCUGUUUAUUUUUGCAAAACUUCACAUCCGAAUUUACUUCUUAAUCUAUGUUGACGAUAUCAUUAUGACAGGAAACGAUCAACAACACAUUCAAAUGAUCCUCGCCGAACUCAGAUCCGCGUUUGCCCUUAAACAAUUAGGAGAAAUUUCUCUUUUUCUCGGCAUUCAAGUGACUCGAUCUAACAAAGGAUUCUUUUUAUCACAGGCACAUUAUGCUCAGAAAUUACUUGAGGAAGCUGGUCUCUCAAAUUGCAAACCAGCGCCUACACCUAUAGCUCCAACAUCCAAACAUCAACUGCCAAACACCAAACCAUUUCACGAUGCAUUUCUCUACCGACGGCUAUCAGGUGCUCUUCAAUACCUUUCCAUCACACGACCUGACAUUGCUUUUGCAGUUAACCAGGUGUGUCAACAAAUGCAUUCUCCGACCGACCGAGACUUUCAACAACUGAAACGCAUACUUCGGUAUGUUAAAGGAACUGUUUCCUAUGGUCUACCGAUCAUAGCCGGCGACACCAACCUUCGCACAUUCGCUGAUGCAGACUGGGCCUCGGACAACACAGAUCGCAAGUCCAUAUCCGGAUUCUGUACAUUCAUGGGACCAAACUUGAUCUCUUGGUCGGUAAAGAAGCAAAUUACAGUAGCAAAAUCUUCGACUGAAGCUGAGUAUCGAGCCUUAUCGGCAGCUACCUCAGACGUUCUUUGGCUACGACGUCUCGCCGACGAACUUCAGUUACCACAGAAGACACCGACCACGAUCCUAUGUGACAACAUCUCUGCAAUUGCAAUAGCGAAGAAUCCGGUGUUUCAUGCCCGCACGAAGCACAUCGAGAUUGAUUUUCAAUUCAUACGUCACCACAUCCUCAACAAUAACAUCUCCAUACAACACAUCUCGUCACAGGAGCAAAUCGCAGGCAUCUUAACUAAGCCGUUCGCGGUUUCUCGGUUUGAAUAUUUAUGUAACAAAAUAUCCAUUCAAUCACAGAAUGCAUAA